CAGAAUCUGACGAUUUAUUCCAAUCAUUUCGAUAUGUAUUUAUCUGAGUAUUUUAAUACGCUGUGCCGUACACAUGCUUCCCUAUUUGCGUUCGAACGAGCAGUUUACGCCGUAGAGGUUGAGAUCCCGAUGGUCAGAUCGAAUCAUGGGUCAUUGCCGGGAACGCCGGAGAAGAUAAUGUUUCGAACUUAACAUGGAUCCGUUCACAAUCUAAGCUAGGAAGAUCCACAUUUGAAUUCUGAGACUUUGAAUCAAUCCGAUCUGAUAUCAGUUUGAUUGAGUGCCAUAGUGACUUUAGCUUUCUUCUUUUAUCGAGCGAUAACUUUUCCCGUGUUCUACCAGAUAUAUCCGUGUAGUGUGCUGUUGCACUGAAUGAUGCUGGAGAUGGCAAAGCGUGAUGGAUCCGGACGGAGUCAUCUGUAUUCGUCAUGUCCUGACGACUUGUAUUGAGAGAAUCAGAGAAUGAGAGGAACAACAGCAAUGGCAGCAAUAGCAGCAAUAGCAGCAAUAGCAGCAAUGGCAGCAAUGGCAGCUAUAGCAGCAACAAGAACAAGCAC